UCUCCAGGUGGCUGCAUUUAGAGUAGUCUUUCCGGUGUGCUGUUUUAGAGUAGUCUCCAGGGUGCUACAUUUAGAGCAGUCUCCAGGUGUGCUACAUUUAGAGUAGCCCGUCUCCCAUAGCAACAGGAUCGAGGAAUGUGUGGUAUGUUCUAAAGCGGAAGCCUCAGUCGUCUUCAAGCCCUGUCUCCACAUGGUGGCGUGUGACAGCUGCUCGUCCAUCAUGACGAAAUGUGUCAAGUGUCGCACUGCCAUCGAGACCGCCGUACCUCUCUCUGUCGCCAGUGGAGGAAGACCUCUCAAGGUGAGAGGAAGAGGGUCCAGAGGCUCAGGAGGCCCAGUUGGUAGUCAAGACAUUGCUUCACUGCAGCAACAGCUACAGGAGAUGAAAGAGAAGACCCAAUGUCAGGUGUGUAUGGACAGAAGAAAGAACUGUGUGUUCCUGUGUGGCCAUGGGACAUGUCAGUUGUGUGCCGACAAGAUCAUAGAGUGUCCAAUAUGUAGGAAACUAGUCUCCAGGAAGAUCAUCCUCUUUGACUGAUGUCACUGGGUUGUUUGUCCAGAUUAUGUUAUUGCUGUCUGUUGUGUGCAAUAGAGAAUUCCAGUGGUGUUGUAGCGUGCCAGAAUGGUUCGGCCGGCUCAACAGGCCGCAAUAUUUACGUCACGCA